AUGCACUCUCCAUCUCCCCAGCUCCUCCGAGCCUUGCGCUCAUCCAUCGCGACCACCAACACGGCCAGAAUCUGCGCAGGCCUUUCCCGACCGGCCUUUGCUUCUUCGCCAAUUACCCAGCUUCGCCGCCAUAACAGCGACUAUGCCCGACCAACUCGCAUGAUCCCUCGCGCCCACUCCCAACGGCCGGACAACCAUGACCGCGGCCCCGAGUCGAAGGAAGACACGCAGACGGACUUUGCCGCGCUCAACGUCCUAGGGGAUAUCCCGGCGCCGACCACGGCCGUGGACGCCUGUCUGGACAACGGGUUUCAUCUGAAUAACGGGCUCCGGGUGCGUGGUGGCUCCGGGGUGCUGCUGGUCGGGGGCGAGGCGUUCGCAUGGAACCCGUGGAAGAUAACGGGCGGCAGCAAAGCCGAUAUGGUGAACAAGAAGGGCCAGUUUGAGGUGGACGAGCAGGCUUGGGGGAUUCUGGGCCUGGUGGUGGAUACUAGGAAUGCCGCUGCGCAGUUCAAUCUCCUGGCCACGGAGCGCGGAGUCUCGGAGAUUGCGGCCGCUAUGAUUCCUAUCGGGUGGAAGGGCAGACUAAUUCCAGUUAUGGCGCGCGAUGAGCCCCUUCUGGCGCCGCGGCCCUCCUCCGACCGCUCCUCCAUCCGGAACGCCGAGGAGGAAGACGCCCUGCUGACCGGGGAACGCACUCAUCGUGAACAGCAGCGAAGCCGCUGGGCGUUCUGGAAAGAAGUCGGUCUCUUCACCUGGGCCUUGAUCGCCACCAUUGCCGUCGUAGUUCUCGCCGUCGUCUUCCAGCAUGAGACCAGCCGCAGCCGCGCUGACUCGAAGCAAUCCUGGGGCCCCGGAGGAAAGCCAAGCGGCAAGCGCAAUUUGAUCUUCAUGGUUUCCGAUGGAAUGGGUCCGACCAGUCUCACCAUGACCCGGAAUUUCAGACAAUACACCGAAGGAUUGCCGGCCGACGACACUCUGCUCUUGGACCAGCAUAUCGUGGGGACGUCUCGGACGAGGUCCAGCUCCAGCCUGGUGACCGACUCGGCGGCCGGUGCCACGGCCUUCUCGUGUGCCUUCAAGAGCUAUAACGGAGCCAUCUCCGUGCUUCCGGACCAUACCCCCUGCGGCACCGUAUUGGAGGCGGCUUCGUUGGAAGGGUACAAGACCGGUCUCGUGGUGACGACCCGGCUCACCGACGCGACCCCGGCUUGUUUCGCCUCGCACGUGAACAUGAGACAAUACGAGGAUCGGAUCGCCGAGCAGGAGAUCGGCGAACACCCGUUGGGACGUGUGGUGGAUCUCAUGCUCGGUGGUGGCCGGUGCCAUUUCCUGCCCAACUCCACCGAUGGCAGCUGUCGCGGGGACGACCGAGACCUGGUGGACAUUGCGAAGAACAACGGGUUCCAUUAUCUGGAUGAUCGGGAGGGCUUCGACUCUCUGAACGGGGGCAAGGACGCCAAGCUGCCGCUCCUCGGACUCUUCGCGGAGAAGGAUAUCCCGUUUGAGAUCGACCGCCGCAGCCAGAACGAAGUGUAUCCGUCUCUGGAGGAGAUGGCCCGCACCGCGCUCAAGACGCUCAGCGAGGCCACCGCCGAUAGCGAGCAUGGAUUCUUUCUGAUGAUCGAGGGAUCGCGUAUCGACCAUGCCGGACACGGAAACGACCCGGCAGCGCAGGUGCACGAGGUUCUCGCCUACGACAAGGCCUUCGCGGCCGUGCUGGAGUUCCUCGAGCAAGAUUCAACCCCGGGCGUGGUGGUCAGCACGUCUGACCAUGAAACUGGCGGGUUGGCAGCCGCGCGCCAACUUCACCCGUCGUACCCCGAAUACCUAUGGCUUCCCGGCGAGUCGGACAAGUCGAAGCAUCGCAAGUUCACUCGGGAUCUUCUGAAGAAGACUCUGGGCGUCACCGAUGCCUCGGACGAGGAGAUCAACACCCUGCUUGACCCGAACUCCCCGUACAACUCGGAAUACGUGUUUGCGGACAUCAUCACCGUCGACGUCAACAUCUACGCCUCCUCCACGAAAGACGCCUGGCCUCUCGUCGGCAACCACGAGAACACCGAAGUCGGCUCUUUCCUCGCCGACUACCUCGAUCUCGACCUGAAACACGUCACCGAGAAACUCCGCAGCGGCUCCGUGUCCUCCAACGAGGCCACGCAGCAAGACAGCCCGCUCGCCUGGCUGGGCGAUCCUCUCGGCGAAGACGUCCGCACCGAGGGACUAGAUACAUACCAUGGAGACUUCCGGAAGCGGUCCGUUGGUGAAGAAACCGAGGGUUGUGCGUGCGGCGGAAACCAUUGAUAUCGGAUAUUGCUUUGUUACAGUGCUGUGCCAUCAUUGAUGUGAUAUAGGAACUUCCUGGUAUAGGAUUAUAGGCGUGUGGCGUUUGGGCCGAUGGCUAAUAUAUAACAACUCUUGAAGCAUUGG